CCCUGACGCAGCCUUCAGAUGGUCAAGGUCUUCCUCUUCUUCCUGAGCCCUUGGGAAACUCAACCUCUGGAGAGUGCCUACUGUUAGAAGCUGAAGGGAUGUCAAAGUCAUACUGCAGUGGGACGGAACGGUUGAGUUAAGGGAUGGCUUUCACAGAGCAUUCACCGCUGACCCCUCACCGUCGGGACCUCUGUAGCCGCUCUAUCUGGCUAGCAAGGAAGAUUCGUUCAGACCUGACUGCUCUUAUGGAAUCUUAUGUGAAGCAUCAGGGCCUGAACAAGAACAUCAACCUGGACUCUGCGGAUGGGGUGCCAGUGGCAAGCACUGAUCAGUGGAGUGAGCUGACCGAGGCAGAGCGACUCCAAGAGAACCUUCAAGCUUAUCGUACCUUCCAUGUUUUGUUGGCCAGGCUUUUAGAAGACCAGCAGGUGCAUUUUACCCCAACCGAAGGUGACUUUCAUCAAGCUAUACAUACUCUUCUUCUCCAAGUCGCUGCCUUUGCAUACCAGAUAGAGGAGUUAAUGAUACUCCUGGAAUACAAGAUCCCCCGCAAUGAGGCUGAUGGGAUGCCUAUUAGUGUUGGAGAUGGUGGUCUCUUUGAGAAGAAGCUGUGGGGCCUAAAGGUGCUGCAGGAGCUUUCACAGUGGACAGUAAGGUCCAUCCAUGACCUUCGUGUCAUUUCUUCUCAUCAGACUGGGAUCCCAGCACAUGGGAGCCAUUACAUUGCUAACAACAAGAAAAUGUAGCAGUCCGUUCUCUUCCUUGCUUUCUCUUCUAAUGGAAUAUGCGUAGUUCCCUGGGGCCUCGCUCUCCCAUCUUAAAUUUCUAAAACGGUUAAGACUACAGGCAUUUUCUUUCUUUUUUCUCUGACCACCUGCAGCCUGUUGAAGGACUACAGGCAUUUUCAUCAAGUAGCAUUGGAGACUUACACAAAUGGGCAUACAAGUUUAGCCCGGGGGGUGUGAUUGUGUGUGCGCGUGCAUGUGCUGCAGGUGUAAGAGAGUGGGAGCAGGGACAACGUCCUUCCACUUCAGGGUUCUAACCUUUCUAACCCACUAAGUAACCUCUACAGGCAUUUAACAGCCUUACAGACAGAAUAUACCUAUGUUAAUUCUAGUUCUGGAUGACUCGGUCUGAGAAGAUUCAAUUUAAAAUCAGACUCUUUGUUUGAUUUAAACUCUUAGAGAAUAAGAAUAAUAAUGGCUAACUUUUAUUAUCUUCUAUAUUAAGGCAAUAUGCCAAGGGUCUUUUUU